GGGAGAUAAAAUUGAAGAUUGGAAAUUGGCGCGGAGACUUGAGAAAGUUAUCGAACGAAGCAGCGGCAGGUAAAUUACCUGACGGCGAACCGCGGACGGCGGACGGCGGACGGCGGAAUCGUCCUCUGAUAGCUUUUGUCUUCCUACUUCCAGGCUUAGCGGCGUACUUCAAUCGUAUCGGCUACUCUUUCUUCGUCUUCGCACGGCCAGGUUACAGUGCAUAAACCGUUUCCGUAACUUUUUGUGCGCUCUCUCUGCUGUUGCAAUCAUUUGGUAUCAAUUGUGAAGGAAUAACAAGAAAAUGAAGCUUCGUCUUCAUUUUUAAGAAAAUCAAAUCGUCAUCCUGUGGAAUUUUCUUCAUCUAGCUGUUCUUCUUUCAAGUCCGAGGUUACGGCAGCGUACGUCAACCAUUUCUGACAAUGUUCACUAAGUUCGGAUUCUUAUCAGAUGAAGGCGCUACAAACUAUCGAGUUUGCUGAUUUGACUUAGUAGGUUUCUCUGCUCACUCACUUCAUCUUUCCGAAUCCUGCUCAAUUGGACCUCUCCGAGUUUGCGAGCAACGUUCUGCUGCUGGUGUGGGAGAAAGAUAUCAUGAGUAUGUUUUUUUGUAACGAGAAACUCUAUCUUUCUGAAUUCUCUCUGUUCCGACUCUAUCGAAUAUGCUGAUUGGUAUGAGUAUGUUUCUUUCUCAAACACUCGUCUUAAUCUUUCUGAAUUAUUUUCUUGAUGAACAGAAACGUUAUAUUUCUUCAUUCUUCUGAUAUUAUCGAGUCUGCUCAAUCGAAUAAGUAUAUUUCUCUGCUCAAUGACCUAAUUUUUCCGAAUAAUUUUUUUUUACAAGUAACUAUAUCUUUCUAUAUCUUUUCUCCGUAACUCUUUUGUAAGAAACUUUGCCUUUUACAAUUCUAAAUAGAAUUAGUUCAAACAGAUUUUCUGUUUAGUUUCUAAAUUAUUUGAUUCACGAAUCAUCAUGUGCGACUUGCUCAUGGUGCUUGGAGGAGACCGAGAUCAAAUUAGCAUUACUCCGAAAUUGUAUGGCUAAUGAGCUAAGAGAGGGAUGUUAUUCUGACAGACGGCUUUAUUUCUGGAUUUUUUCAGACAAAUCUUGCUCAAUCUAUGCACAUUUUUCAUGCAGUCUCUUUUGUUAUUAUUAUUAUUUUGUUUGAAUUCUAUGCUUUUUAAGAAAUAAAUUACAGUGUACUUUGUUUUCCUCAGUCAUCCAGUCAAUACUUUCAGAAAUUCAUUUUCAGAUGUAAACGGACUGCUAUUCAUCUUUAUAUAUGACAGUUGAAACGGUUUUUAUAGAUCAGUUAUCUGACACUUAUCAUUAGACUGACUGACGGAAGAAUUGGUAUUUAAUUUGCUUAGCUGCCGUACUUUUGUUGCGGGACUGAGAUCAUAAAUAUGCAAUCUAUUUUCUUGCCAAAAACAUUCAUCGUAUACUCAUUUGGUGGAGUAUAUUCUGGCACUUUGUUGCAUCGAAGUUCUAGUAAAUGUGAUGGAAGGUAUAUGUUUGGCGAUGCCGUAUUAAAGUUGUUUAGGAAGAAUGGCCUAAAAAAGGUCAGUAAAGCAGCAUUAUAUGAUAAUUAUACUAUUAGCGCUAGGUGGCAUGGAUGUAAAGAUCAAGAGGAACUAUCUGGUGAUUUGUGCAACUGUUUGAUUCGUGACUAUUGUAAGGUAGGGAAUGUUGAUGCUGCCAUGUCUCUUCUUUCUCAUAUGGAGGCUGUAGGUCUCCAUGCCUCUGUAGCAUCUUACACAUAUUUGAUUGAAGCUCAUGGAAAUGUAGGCAGGACUUUGGAAGCUGAUAUCUUAUUUCAAGAAAUGAUUAGUUUUGGUCGUAUGCCAAGAACAACGGUCUGCAAUGCACUACUAAGAGGGUUCUUGAGAAAAGGCCUUUUAGAUCUUGCAUCUGAUGUUCUUGUGUUAAUGAGUGAUUUAGAUAUUCAAAAAAAUCAAGAAACGUAUGAAAUUCUCUUGGAUUAUCAUGCCAAUGCUGGACGGCUGGAAGAUACUUGGUCUAUUAUUAAUGAGAUGAAACGAAAAGGUUUUGAGCUGAACUCAUUUGUGUAUAGUAAGGUUAUUGUAAUAUAUCAGAACAAUGGCAUGUGGAAGAAAGCAGUGGGGAUCGUUGAUGAGAUAAGAAAAUCAGGGAUUUCUGUGGACAAACACAUUUACAACAGUAUCAUAGAUACAUUUGGGAAAUAUGGUCAAUUACCCGAGGCCUUAGAAGUGUUCAAAAAAAUGCAGCAGGAUGGUGUAAUGCCUGAUAUAACGACCUGGAAUUCGCUGAUACAAUGGAACUGUAAAUCUGGGAACCUUGCUACUGCCCUGGAGUUAUUCACUGACAUGCAAGAACAGGGGAUGCAUCCAGAUCCUAAGAUUUUCAUUACUCUAAUUAGCUCGUUGGGUGAGCAGGGAAAGUGGGAUAUUAUAAAGAAGAAUCUUGAUAGUAUGAAGCUCAGAGGGCAUAAGAAUAGUGGCCUAGUUUAUGAAAUUUUAGUUGAUAUUUAUGGGCAGUAUGGUCAAUUUCGGGAUGCUGAGAAAUGUAUAUCUGCUCUCAAGUCUGCAGGUCUUCUACCAUCCGCUAGCAAUUUUUGCAUUAUAGCAAAUGCUUUUGCUCGACAGGGGUUGUGUGAAGAGACAGUAAAAGUGCUUCAGCUAAUGGAGGCAGAAGGAAUCGAACCAAAUCUUGUAAUGCUGAAUGUACUGAUCAAUGCGUUUGCUGUUGCUGGCAGACAUUUGGAGGCGAUGGCCAUUUAUCAUCAUAUAGUUGAAGUUGGUAUCAGUCCUGAUGUUAUAACCUACACCACCCUUAUGAAGGCGUAUAUUCGUGCAAAGAAGUUUCAUAAGGUCCCUGAAAUAUAUAAAGAAAUGGAACGUGCUGGUUGCACGCCAGAUAGGAAGGCCAGAGAGAUGUUGAAGUCCGUAACAGUGGUUCUUGAACAGAGGCAUUCAGCCAUCUAAAAUCUUGAUCGAGGAAUUGAUCUACACCAAGAAAGUAGAUCAUAAUGCCAGGCCAACCUUCAAAUGGACCCUGGGGAACUAGGGGCAGAAACAGUUUCUGGCAAUAACCUUGGAGAUGCAACGACGUCUAUCUUGUAAGUUGUAACCAUUAUGAUAAUCAUAGCACAAAUUCUUUUAUUAUUCUAUAUGUUAUUUGGGGAUGAGAAUCUUAUCCUUAAAACCGGGGCGAAAAUUGGAUGCUGCUGAUAACAAUUGAGUAGUAGUUUGUUUAUUCCUUAGUUUUUUGUAUGAAGUGAAAAUUAUAAUACUUCCUUUUAUCCCUGUAUUUUUUUAACGGAAAAAAAUAAUAAUAGAACAAGGCCUCUGCAAAGAAGAAAAAUAGGCAAAAUGAAGGAAGAAUAAACAAAGUUUUUUUUUUUUUUUAGCUAAACAUAUCCGAACUUGUAUGAAAUUCAAUUGCUUAGAAAUCCCAUCUAAGAUCGGGGUACUUCUUUAGGAAGUGGAUUAUGUAACAUUAAUUGGUUAAUGUUAGCAUGUUUGUAUAAUGUACUAUGAUUGGUUACUUUGAAAUAUACAUUGUAUGAUGUCAUUCGAAA